AUGCAUUUCAAUUCGCAUUUUGCCCUGGCGGCAUCCCUCAUCAGCUCAGCUUUGGCAUCGCCGGUCGAUGUCAGCAGCAAGAAGGCUGUGUCAAUUGCAGACAUCAAGGGCAAGAAGACUUUUUCUAUCCAGCAGGUCCUGGCAAAGAAGCAACAGAUGCAAGCUCCUGCAUUAUCGAUGUUGAAGACAUAUGCCAAAUUUUCUGCCUCACCUCCUACUCAGCUCAAAGCUGCUGGUGCAGCCAUCCAAGCAGGAACUGUACAAGCAACCCCAGAGAAUAUGAUGAACUUGAAUUUCGACAGCGGCAGCGCAGAUCUUUGGGUGUAUUCCACAUUACAGCCCAGUGCACAGCAGAAUGGUCACUCAGUAUAUGAUCCCAGCAAGAGUCCGAAUUCACAGCUUCUCGUCGGCAAUACCUGGUCGAUCAAGUAUGGUGACGGCUCAACCGCGAGUGGCAAAGUCUAUGCAGACAAGGUCGUUGUUGGAAGUGUGACGGCGACAUCACAAGCUGUGGAAGCAGCCACAUCAGUAUCGAGUUCGUUCCUUGCUGAUGUCAACAACGACGGUCUCGUUGGUUUGUCAUUCAGCAACAUCAACACCGUCUCACCUAAUCAGCAAAGAACCUUCUUCGACACAGUCAAGAGCUCGCUCGCGUUGCCUCUUUGGACUGCCAACCUCAAGAAAGGAGCUCCUGGAUCCUACGAUUUUGGGUACAUUGACUCUUCAAAGUACUCGGGCAAGAUUACCUACGUCAACGUGAACAGUGCCAGCGGGUUCUGGCAGUUCACCGCUGACGGAUAUCAAAUUGGCUCCUCGUCGACAGUCAGCUCUUCGUUCACUGCCAUUGCCGACACCGGUACCUCGCUCAUGUACCUGCCCUCAAGCACUGUUACUGCAUAUUGGGGUCAGGUCACAGGAGCUGGAUAUGAUAGCAACCAGGGUGGCUACACAUUCCCGUGCAGUUCUGCACUACCUGACUUCAACUUGGUCGUUGGAGGCAACAAAUUCACUGUGCCCGGCAGUUAUAUGAACUACGCUCAGAUUUCGUAUACGACCUGCUUCGGUGGUAUGCAGCAAAACACAGGACUUAGCUUCAGCAUCCUAGGAGACAUUUUCCUGAAAUCACAGUUCAUGGUCUUCUCCGAGGUUAGGGGCCAAGCCACGCUUGGGUUCGCUGCGAUGUACAACGGCACGACAGGCGAAGGCGAUGGCGAUGAGUGGGAGUGCGAGGACUAG